CUUUGCGUCACUGAAAGAAAGAAAACCUCACGGCCGCCUCCAAGUUUGGCAUAUUCUGCUUUUACCACAUCCGCAUUUUCAGUAAGACGACUUGAAAACAAUGGCAACUCAAAAUCUUGCCGCCGGCAAAUCGAAAAGUGCCUUUUCAAAGGGCAUGUUGACCAUGUACUUCUAUACUGCCGUUGCUAUGGUCAACUCGGGCUGUAACGGUUAUGAUGGAAGUUUGAUGGGAUCUAUCAACGCCAUGGCUCAAUACAACGGAUACUUCAAUCGUUAUGACAACUGUGCUGUUGUUGUAGAUGGUGCAAGCAGCCCCUGCGGUCCUAGUGAUUCUAUUACUGGUCUCAUCAUGUCUAUCAACAGUGUUGGUACCAUCUUGGCUACGCCAGUUUCCGGCUAUCUUUGCGAUAAAUACGGCCGCCGCAUGGCCAUGGGAAUUGGAUCCGCUCUCAUCAUUGUUGCUGCUAUUUUACAAUCCGCUGCUGUUCAUGUUGCCAUGAUUUGCAUUGGCCGUUUCCUUCUUGGUUUCGGUUCAGCCAUUAGCCGUGUCGCAAGUCCUACUCUUAUUACUGAAAUGGCCCCAGCUAGAAUGCGUGGAAGAUUGACUGGUACCUACAACUGCUUCUGGUAUGCUGGUUCUUUGAUUGCUGCCGGUGUCACCUACGGUACUCUGUCUAUGCCCUCCACUGGUUCUUUCCGUAUUCCUCUUGCUCUCCAAGCUUUGCCUUCUCUUGUCAACUUGUCCCUUAUCUGGUUUAUCUCUGAAUCGCCACGCUGGCUCGUUGCGAACAACAGAGAAGAGGAAGCCUGGAAAUUGCUGGUCAAAUUGCACGCUGACGGUGAUGAAUCGGACCCUGUUGUUAAGGCUGAAUUCGAAGAAAUCACUCAGACCAUUGAGGAAGAGAAAAAGAUCCAGAGAUCCAGCUGGCAUGAGUUAAUUGCUACUCCUGGUAACCGUUACCGUAUGAUGCUCAAUAUCUGCAUUGGUUUAUUCGGUCAAUGGUCUGGUAACAACUUGGUCGCCUACUAUCUUCCUCGUGUAUUGUCCGAAGCUGGUAUUACCAAUACCCAUACCCAACUUUUGAUCAACAUCAUCGUUAACAUUUGGAACUUCUUCUGUGCCAUUACCGGUACAAUCUUGAUUGAUUAUCUCGGUCGUCGUCCUAUGGUCAUCUUCGCCACUGGUAUGGCUACUCUCUGGUUGAUGAUGUUGUGUAUCUUUACCGCCAUUUAUGGUGGAACCGGAGAACAAGGUAUCACUAUGGUUGCCUUUGUCUUCUUGUUCUAUGGUUUGUUCUCCUCUGGAUGGACUCCCAUGCAAGCUUUAUACCCCGUCGAAGUUCUCUCAUACCCUAUGCGUGCCAAUGGUAUGGCUGCCAACGCUUUCUUCGCCAACAUUGCUCAGUUCGUCAAUCAAUUCGCUACUCCUGUUGCUAUGACCAAUAUCGGAUGGAGAUUCUACAUCGUCUACGUUGUUUGGGACGCUUUUGAAUUGUUCGUCGUUAGCAAAUACUUUGUUGAAACCAAGGGUCGUACUUUGGAAGAUCUGGAUCAUAUCUUCAACAAGACUUCCCCUCACGACGUUGAGUAUGCUGAAAAGCCUGCUUCUAUCUCUGAAGAUGGUGAGCGCAAUCCUGAAAAGAUUUGAAAUCUUUAGUGCUACCUGUAUUAUUGUCC